AUGCAGAGAACGUCGGGACAACGCUCUUGCUAUUGCUAUUGGACAUCGGACCGCUAACAGAAGCGGCCUGAAGCCAUAAAAACGCGUGUGAACGAGAGGCCAACGAAAUAUACAUAGCAUGAGUGAGCGCUUUAAAUAGAAAACGCGAAAUAACCAACUCGAAUGGAACAAUUUAUUAAAAUGUUUUCUUGUUAUUUAUGAUAAUAAAAAAUAAUCAUUUAUGUUAAUAAACCGUAAUAAUUUUUGAAGCAGUAAAAUUUGGAUAUAAUGAAAUAAUGAUUUUAUGACUGACAACGGUCUUGGAUAAAAUUGAAAAGUGAUUGUGGUACACCUAAUCAGUACACAGAAAACAUCAACGAUACUUGUACAUAUGUAUGUGCCUACCGAGGCAACAUAAAACAUUAAAGUUUUAAAAAAUUUUUAAAGAUAAUUUUGCGGUAAACUGACCUAACAAUUAACAAGAUGGGAAAUAUUGUGGUAAGACGAUCAAAAAAGGCUGUUCCCAAGUCGAAUCAACUGGAAGAUAGCAGUCCAAUAUCUCUAUCGCUGGUACUGCUGCUUUUCUUUGCGCUAGUAGAUAGCACCAGUGCACAAGUCGAUACCACCAUUAGUCAGCAAGAAAGUCAAUCAGUUGUUCUACCGUGCCCGGUUAAUGCAGAAAAGUGCGGAAAACUCCACUCACUAAAUUGGUUUAAGGGAGAUGCUCGCAUUGCUGCAAUGCUUCUCGGAGAUAGUAACGUCACGAGUGUUAAUAAAGAGUUUGACGAAAGAGUAACCGUGGAGCAAAACCCAUACAGACUAGUAAUUAAGGACUUAAAAAUAGCUGAUGAAGAUAUUUAUCUUUGUGAUACUACAUUUUUUAUACCAGAAGAAACGUGUGAUAACUUUAAUGGAUAUCGAAUAGAAUUGAGAGUCUUAGUGCCACCCACUGAGGUUGUUAUCUUGGAUGCAAAAGGAGAUCGACUCGAGAACGGCCGUGUAGUGGGACCCAUGCAGGAACGUCAGUCCCUCAAAGCUACAUGUACUGUAAGGAACACCCGACCUCAACCUGAAGUGAGCUGGUUUCGUGGAACAAAGCGUCUAACAACUUAUUCCCCCACUAAUGACUUAAUCAAUGGUCUUUAUACCUCAACACUCGAGUUGGAUUGGCAGUUGUCCCGCGAAGAUCUUGCUCAGGAUUUUGAGUGUCGUGUGAAAUCUGCAGCCAUACAAAAUGUUACUGUAACUAAGUUUAGCGUGGAUUUACAAGUUCGGCCAACUAGUAUUAAUAUUAAUGGGGUAAAACAUCACACAGUACAAGGCAGCAAAGUGGUUUUAACAUGUGACAUUCGUGGGGCGCGACCAGCAGUAAAUCUUACUUGGUAUAACACAACCACUAUAAUAAGUUCAGACGAAAACGAAAUAACUGAAGUCCGGACUAAAUCGCUGGAAAAAAGUGAUGGCACUUUUCAUACUCAAUCCGAACUCAUUUUCAAUGCCACCCGCUUUGAAAAUGAUCGCGUUUUUCGUUGUGAAGCUGAAAAUAUUGUUUUGCAAAUUAAUCGCGAAAAACCAAUUUCAUCUGCCCUCACCUUGGAAGUCUUAUAUCCCCCCGUAGUCAAAGUCAGUCCAUCUGAUAUAAUUGCCAAUACAAGUGAAAUAGUUCUUCUUAACUGUGAAUACGUUGCAAACCCUGCUUCACUGACUCAAGUUGAAUGGUAUCGCAAUGAUGAUUUGGUAAAUGUAAAUGACACGACUCAUUAUAAAGGUGGUAAUUCGGAGAAUGUGGCUCUUGUCAUCAAAUCUACCGACAAAGAGGACAUCGGAAAUUAUUCCUGUCAAUUGUCAAAUAAUAUUGGCAAAGGAACUUCUGAUCACAAAAUUAAUCUUGACGUGCAAUAUGCCCCAAGUGUCGAAAUUCUAAUGAUACCAAAGGGGCCGGUGAAGGAAAGUGAUGAAUCAAAUGUCACUCUUUUUUGCAACGUGUUGGAUGCAAAUCCUUCUGUUCUCACCAAAGUAAGGUGGUACGCCAACUCAACACUUCUUAAGGAACUUCCAGACUGCGAAGAAACAAGGGAGGACCUGUGUCACAUAGACCCAAGUAAACUCUUGUUAGAGAGUAUUGGGAGGGGCUUCUUCUACAAUUAUUCCUGUGAGGGAUUCAAUGCUGCUGGCUGGGGUCCACGGAGCGAAGAAAAAGAGCUGUUGGUACAUUACGAGCCAGGUCCUGCAACAUUAUCUCAUUUCCCGUUAAUUGCCGUUAAGAAAAAGAGUGUAACAUUCUCCUGUUCUAUAGAUGAUCCAGGAUUUCCAGAAUCAAAUAGAUUUCGUUGGCUACGAGGCGGUCGGGGUCCUGUGCAGGACAUUGUGACGAAGGACUGGACGGUGGAGCCAAUUGGUCUGGAUAAUCGGACCAACUAUUCUUGCUACGCAUACAAUGAGGGAGGCAAAGGUGUGAUGGCCACAGUAAACUUGGAGGUUCACGCACCUCCGUUUUUUAUUAGGAACUUGCCACAGUACACGGGAAUUUUGCACUCCUCACCAAAUGCAAAUUUGACUUGUCGCAUCGAAUGCGUCCCACGAUGCGACAUAUCUUGGCAAAAGGAUGGUGUGCCAAUAGAAAGGAACGAUACCCGAUAUUUUGUUAAAGAAAAAUAUAUGGAUGCCUCCCCCGCAACAGGCGAUUUUGAAAGCAUGCUAUCAGUCUUGCAUUUUAAUAUGCCAAAUUGGCCUGAUUCAAAAUUCAAUAUCGAGGAUGAUAAUGCAAACUACACAUGCGUAUCAACGGGUAAUACAGUCGGCGGAAGCAUACGGAGUCGCACCUAUUUUGGCAUUGAGUACGCACCUGAAAAUACGACGGUUUCGGAGAAAAUUGUUUAUGUGCAGGAAGGCACAAUACCAGGACGCGUCAUUUGCAAAUCUCGGGCUAACCCAGAGCCUUCAUAUGAUUGGAUUUUUAAGAACCAAACUGUAGCCAAUGGCAAUGCAUUAAUUAUUAAUACUGCCAUGACCCGAAACGAUAAUGGAACAUAUACGUGUCUUGCGUAUAAUAAGCACGGUAGCAGCAUUGCGAAAACCAUAAUUGAAGUCCAAUUUAAGCCACGUUGCGAAAUCGAGAGACAGGAAAUUGAUGACCAGGACACGCUCAUUUGUAUUGCGUACGGAAAUCCAAUAGAGGCUGAUUUUUCUUGGUCACUUAAAACCGAAAAUGAAACAGACGAAAGCUUGGGCAGCGGAAAUAAAGAAAACUCUGUGGAUAAGAGUUUUUACAUAUUGCAGACGGAUUAUGCAAUAUCCAGGACUUACAGAUGUGUUGCUAAUAAUACAGUUGGUUACGGCUCAUUUUGUGAAAUUGAAGUAGCUGAGCAACUAGCAUGGUGGCAACUCUGGGAAAAGAACACACUAAUCAUACUAGUGGCUGUAAUCUUGGGAUUAAUGUUGACCGUAAUUAUAAUAUGUUGCAUAAUUAUAUGUAUUUGCCGUCGCCGUCGGCGUCAAGAUAAAUUAAACGACAAGUCGUCUUCACUGGGGGAACCGUUGACGGAACCUGGCGAGUAUGAGAAUCUUCCAUUUCAUGGUCUGCAAACGGCACCUAACAAGUGUUCUACUACCCCUACAAAUUUUAAUAACAACACAAAUGCGGUGCGCGUUGUUCAAAGACCCAAGACACUGAUUGGAAAUAUCAAUCAGCCAUCUGUCGGCCAUUAUCAAGAUUGCCAGGCCACUCAAGAUCCACUUUUAAAUCAGCAACAAUAUUUUUGCGAUCAGGACACACAAAAUGAUCAGAGAUCACAGUACAACACAAUGCACCGCCCACCAAAUAAUGUAAAAUAUAAUCAAAGCGAAAAUAAAACAGAUUUUAAUCCUCAAGAUCAACAUAGUCCAAGCAAUGGCUUUUCUAAAAGUUACACUGAGUAUUACCAGCAGCAUCCGGAAAAAAUUCCAAUGCAAUUUCGAGCAGGAGCGUCUCAAGAAUUGAACAGCAAUUCGCUCUCUAACAUUAAUUUAUUGAAUGGCACAGAUCAUAUUCCACACUUGGCAUUGGUUAAUAUUAACCCAUUCCUGGAGGCCGCUAACUUUAAAAAAUACGAUAAAACGGGCGAAGAAUUACUUGGUAGUAUGCCACGUGCGAGACACAACAAAGGCACUUUAAACUGUGAAAACAAAUUUUAUUCGCUUAAACAUCCAGGCGGAACAAAGCUAAUAAAUCGGGCCCUGGAUAAAGACUAUUCCGAAGCUGGUACCGCAUCAUCCCCUACUGAAUAUAAAUCCCUUUCGAAAUGCAAGAUGCACAAUUCCUUUGGCUACAAUAGACAUUGCACUGUUGGCACGCACGUACAGCCGAUGCGCCUUUAUGAUCAUCCUGCUUAUCAGAACAUGGUUGUGGAGCACGUAGAUGAUCAAGUUAUAGAAUCCAAAGAUGGCGAGAUCAAUCUGACAACUGUUCAAAUGCACACUCAUCCAGGCAAAGAAAAAAUAAAAAAGCACCACCAUUGGCAUCACCAGCACCGGGAAAAAAGAGAUGAAGGUCUGGGUCCUGAUGUUCAUCAAGUGGAGCCUGAGCGCAUCAGCAUAUAUCGAAGCGACUCUGGAAUUUCCAACAGUUCUUACGAGUCACAAUUCUCAAAAUCAAAAAAGGCAACCCUAAACACAUCCUCUGGCCCAUUAGUUCGAAAGCAGGAACCCCAGAACAGUGUGUGCGAUGCGUCCUACGCAAGUAAUGUUUCUGAAAGCGAGCCACAAUUAGAUAACAAUACCACAUCGCAUCAGUACUGCACAGUGCAAAGUAUUACCUAUUCGCAUUGCAACCGCCCUCAGCCACGAAAUUGGUACGAGAAGACUACUAAAAAUGAUUUCGGGCAGCAUCAGCUUAAUCAAAAGAGCGUGGGACUGGAUUCUACGCCUUCAGAAUGCAUUAGUUCAGAUACCUCCAGCAGAAGCGAAUAUUUCAAAUCGGCGAUGCCAGCUGAGUGUAGUACUGUUCAGACACCGAAUGAGAAAAUCCAACCACUCGCUAUUAAUCCAUUUCUAGUUAAAAAUGGGAACAAUGAAGUAUACACUGGCAACAAAACCAACAAGAAACACCGACGACAAACCAUCAGCAACCUAUACGAACAUAUCCAAAGCCACCCAUAUGCAAGACCUGGCAACCUUGGUGACGUCUCCAGAAAAUUCCAGAGUACCAGCUCUGAAACCCUUAAAAUUUACAAUUCUGGCUCCAAAUCUAACACGAGUGCUCCUCAAACAGCAGCGCCAGAGCAUUCAAAAGUCAAGAACGCCGCAAAAAACAGUAGCAAAAAAAACGGGACUGGCGCCAAUAGAGAACAUUAUGACGGAGUGCCAGCUUUAAAUAAGUUACACGCGUCAAGACUAGGUUCUCUAGCCGACUUCAAUGAUUUUCCGUCCGAGGUAUAUUCGAGCGCAUUAGUGGGUAAUCCCGCAGAUGUCCAGUAUGAUUGCCUAGUGGUGCAAAGGCCUAUGCGCAUGCCGUUGCGAAAACAUCACACCUUCCAUUUCCAAAGCACUCAGACAGCCAAUGGCAAGCUACAACAGCUGCGGGAGCGACUGCAACUUCAGCUACACGAAAGUAGGAAGCUCGCUCAAAAUGAGUUUCCACCGGCUCUUGAUGCGCUGGAAUUAAAUGAAAAGCAUGCCUUCAAGCCCAUUUCCCCAAUACCUACAAUCAGCAAUUUGGCAGUGCCGAGUACAAGGGAAAAGAAUCAAGACGAUUCAUCGCAACUUGAUUCUGCAAGUUACUUGAAAGGGGCAGAAGAUGAUGAAGACCUUGGAUACAGUUUCUGUGAAGAGGAAUGCAUUGUAGAAAACGAUAUAAAUCCCACCUCGGACAAUCUUAUUACUGCCCCGGACAACAGCUCCUGUACAUCGAAGGCUGUUGAAAACACGAAUGAAGGUGCUCUUAAAUACUUUAUGUCGCAAAGUAGUUGUGAAGUGCAUAUUUAGGUAUUUAAAUAAUCAAGACGAAUAAAGCCUAAGUGACGCAUCAAGGUAUUUUAACUUAAGUAUACCUAAAAAAAACAUAUUUAUACUCUUAAAUCAAAAAAAUUUAAUAUUAUUCGUGAAAAAAAACCAAUAAAACUAAGCUGUAUUGUGUCAGGAUGUACAAUACAUUUAAUACUCGUUACUCGUAGGUUAAAAAUGUAUCUAAAUUCGAUAACAAAUGGUGUGACGGUGUUGUUUUCGUUUAUAUUUGCUUUUUUUUGCAAACUUAUUGCGUUAUUUAUUGUGAAACUAACAAUAAUUAUUCAAAUCCCAUUAUAUAACUUAUAUUAAUUACAAUUUGAAAUAAUUGUAUUAGUUAUAGACGGCUCUGACAGCUAUAUUUUUAAAUGUCGCAUUAGCAUAUGAUCGAGUGUGGCUAGAAGUUAAAAAACUGAUUGGUCUGUAGGAUGAGGGUUGCUUUUUGUUUUUAAAUGGCUUGGGAAUCAUCACUAUGACCGCCUUUCCCCACCUUUGGGGAUAGUAUAAAAGUUUUUUAAUAGCGUUGAAGAGAUGGCAUAAGGUCUGAACCGCACACGGUGCGAGCUCUAAAUCAUUUUUGGUGUCACCAAGUCGUGACCAGUUGAUUUUUUGGGCUUAAGAUGUUUUAUGAUAGAUGCUAUCUCGCUUUGGCUAACUGUUAUUAAAUUUAUUGGUGGCAAGUUGUUAGUUACUGCAGGUAGGACAAGCUAGCAGAAUUUGGUUGGAAUAAUUUCUGAAGGUGAUCCCUCGUGGAAGGGAGAGAGGCCUGUGGAAGGACUGUUUCUGCUGGUGACUGAAUAUUUUUGUGUGCUUUCCACAAAGGGUUCUUUUUGCUGGUGGGUGAUAAUUGUCGAUGUAUGCUGGGCGUUUGCUUCCCCAAGCUUAAGUGCCCUACGUCUACGUGUUCCUAUUUUAAGCUGUUAUUUAGCCCUUGGGGAUCUGUGAUUUUGCCAUUCUCUUCUAAGUCUUCGUUUUCAAGUACUAGAUGUUCGAUUUCGCGAUUAGUCUUGCUACGAUUGGUCGUAUUGCGAGAGUUUGGAGGUGUAGUGGCCUUGGCCGCAGCAAAAAGUCUUUCCUCCAUCGAUUCGGCCAGACGGUCCUCAUCUGUAAACUCUGUUUGGUUUCGUGUACCUUGCCCAGUUGGUCCGGCUGCCUGUCAGUCUGUAGGGCCACUCAGUUAUAUGUUGUCGAUGCCUGAGAAGAACUGAAGAGUGAUCAGAUGAUAGUUCUGCAAGUGACUCUGCUGUAAUAUUAUUUCUUGGGAUCUUUCUUGUUGUGUUGCAAAGUCAAUGAGAUCCGGGAGCUUAUUUGGAUCUGCUGACCAGUAUGUAGGUCUUCUCGGAGUCACACAAUCGAGCAUAUUUCGCGGCUUAAUGAGGAAGUUGAAAAGUUGUUUUGCCCUUUGGGGUCAAAAGGCGUGAUCCCCAGUUCGUGUGCUUGGCAUUGUAGUCACCGGCCGCUAUGAAUCGCUCACCGAGUGAGUUGAAAAAUUCCAACAAUUGGUCCUCAGAAACUAUAAAACAGAGGUGGGACUGCGGCCAGAGUGACGGGGCCGUUCCUGGACGGCAUGUUUAUAGAAGUGAGUUUCAGGUAGGCUAGGAUUGGUGCUAUGUGUAGGAGGGGGUGCCGUGUAAUACGGGCCCGAUUGUGGCGAUUGUGAGUCACAGUUCGCUGUUUGACUUUCGCCGCAGUUGCUGCACAUUUUUACCGAGAUGUCUUCCUUCUUGUUAUGGCAGUUCGCUGAGCUAUGAGCUACACUACCUUUGUGUGGCCAUAUUCUUGGCAGUUAGUGCACUGCACUGGGCGCUUGCUACUCUUCUACUGUGAUACACCGACGCAGUAGGAGCUGUAUCUUGUAGAUUUGGUAAACUUAAUUGUUUUCAUUAUCUGGCUGUCUGGCUCCAACUCGAUAUUGAACAUUGGUUGUUUUUUCAUAUUU